CAUAGCUAUUCUUUCGAAUGCUAUCAACACUCACUCUCUAGCCUUUGCCGAUGCGCUAAGGUCCCUACCAUGUCUUGCCUCCCUUCAAGUUCCCGUUCUCAGAAAUGCAAGAAAGUGCAGGAAAAUUUGCAGCUUGAAAAUCACUUAUCGACUAUCAGCCGUAUUCGUGAGAAAAUCAUGCCACUACAACUGAUUCGUCGUCUGUCUUUUAGACAUCGAAGAAAUCAAGAAAAUGCUGAGAAGAAUAUCACCGAAACGAUGCGAAAAGCAUCUUCUUGCAAAGGAUUACUAAGAAACGAACGAGCGGAGGACAAGCCACGCCUACCCGAUGAUCUGUUAUUGCGUAUCAUUGACCAGUGUGACGCAAUAGAACAGAUAAGAAUGAGGGCUGUGUGCAAGACAAUCAAGAGUCACGUAGACAAAAAAAUUAAGAAGAUAACUCAUCUCAAUGUCGAAAAACGUGACAUUGAUACAGCGUCUGGCCGAGGUUGGGCACGACAUCGACACGCUCAAGUGUCGUUGAAAAUGCGUAUGAAUACAGCAAAAAUUGUCGUUGAUUCAAGAUGGACUUCCCGUGAUGUGUCCACUGUCGUCGGAGCAAUGAGUGUCUAUCGUAAAACGAUACUCGAAGCUACAAUUGAUGCUCCGAUUGCUGAAUUAUUAGUUGUAUCAUUAUCGGCACUGGACCUGAAUCGGUGGUAUGCUUUCCAGUGCUUUAUGAAAGCCAUGGAUGUAUUUGAUGAAGAUAUGCACAUGGAUUGCGAUUUCGUGAAUCCUGGAGAGGUUUAUUGGCCAAAUAUUCAGCAUCUAAGUGUGCGCACCACUGAACAGCAAGCUCCCCAUCUUGCUAGAGUGAUUGAUUACGGCGUACAAUGCAAUUGGGUGUUGGACCGUCGAAACUUAUGUCGUUUACGUAUCAUAUUCACCGAUUUGGAUGCCUCACCGUCCCGGAAGGUCUCUCGGCAUGUCUACCACUUCAGGUGUUGGGCCGGUUCAGCAGGCUUCGACCAUCGGUAUGAACAACAGUUUGCUGCUAAAGCACAAAGCGUCAUGAUUUGAAGCACAUCAACUCACUCCAUUUGGACCAAAUUUUUUUGAAUUUGUUGAAUUUUUUUACUAUUCAGUAUCUAUCACCCUCCCAAAUUAUUGCUUUACUUUCAUAUUUAUCCACGCAUGAUUAGACAGGAGCAUGGUUCACCCGACGUUUGAAAAAUGUUUCAAAAAAUGCUUACUGCUUGUCAAAAAUCUAUUUUUUGCCACCACGUUCCUAUUUGCUGAUAUUUACAUAAUAUUUGUCUUUCACCGUAAUAUUUGACUUAUAUGCUAUGAGCCUUGCAUCAUUCGCUUCUUAUCUUCACUUAUGUGGUACGAUUACUCAAAAUGAUCAUGACGUGUUCCCGUUUACUUGUAUAUUUUUUCGUGUUUGCAUAUUUGACUGCAUAGCUUGCUCAUAUUUGCUAAAGCAACGUUCAGUCAUCGAACGGCUCUUCAAUAAAACACUGGAAAUUC